UUUUACUUCCUGUUUAAUGUUAUGAUCCUUAAACUGAAGAGAAUAAACCAAGUCCUCUUAUCAAAACAAAAAACACACAAUCUUGUGUUAGACUUGGACACACGCUUGAAGAAACUCUCGUUAUCUGUUUACCCUGUAAAAACACACUACUAAUACACCAGUAAUAGUAGAAGAGAUACCAUAUCAAGGGAGGAUUAUACAUAUUCAUGGUGGUAUUGAGUUUCCAACCCGUCCAAUUCCGAGUUAAUAGUACAACAACUAACUGCUUCGAGCAGAAAUAUAAAUAUGGAAGGCAAAACAACAUGAGUAGAGUAAGAUGUGGCAUAGCAGAGCCAACAGGUCAGCCUGCUCCUAUGGGGCAGAAGACAAAGUACAAAGAUGGCUUCUUUGAGAUGAUUUUCAUGAAUCUUUUUGCUAGGAAGAUGGAGAAGUUUGCUUCAUCUGCUGGCCAGAGAAAGCAGGAGAAUGAUGGGUGGUUUAAGUAUGAUUACGAGAGAUUUGUCGAUGUAUCGAAGAGAGUAAUGCAGGGAAGAUCACGCCCACAGCAGCAACAGGUUGUUAGGGAAGUGCUAUUGUCUAUGCUCCCUCCUGGUGCCCCAGCUCAGUUCAGAAAAUUGUUUCCGCCAACAAAAUGGGCUGCAGAGUUCAAUGCAGCCCUGACUGUGCCGUUUUUCCAUUGGCUUGUUGGACCUUCUGAGGUAAUUGAAGUGGAAGUAAAUGGAGUGAAACAAAGGAGUGGAGUGCUUAUAAAGAAGUGCAGGUACUUGGAGAACAGUGGUUGUGUUGGAAUGUGUGUGAAUAUGUGCAAAAUCCCAACACAAGACUUCUUCACCAACGAAUUCGGACUUCCUCUGACCAUGAAUCCGAAAUUUGAAGAUAUGAGCUGUGAAAUGGUGUAUGGGCAAGUUCCACCACCUUUUGAAGAAGAUGAGGUCUCCAAACAAGCUUGUUACAAGGAUUUAUGUACCAUGGCAAAUCCAAGCGCCAGCCUUUGUCCUAAAUUACUGUCAUAAGAGAAACCUACGCGAUUGCUGUAAUGGCCUCAUUCAACAGCUAGAACUAUUACUUUUUACAGAGUAAUAAUGUAUAAAUGUAUACAUGAUACAUGUAUAGCAACAAACUACACAAAUCCACUAUAUAGGAUUCAAAGUUUUGCUCCUACGUAUGUCAACACUUCUCAUCAAAUCUACAUUAACUAUUCGGCAGGAUUGCUAUGGUCUAGAGAACUGCUUCCUAUGUGUAACAUCAUAUUUAUCUUAUACGCUUCUUCCA